CAGAGCCCAGUCCUCUGCGGUCGGACGCGGAGCUGCCUUUGCCUCCACAGCGCGUUUGCCAAACGGUGUCAAGCUGCUGAACACUUAGUUUUCACCGCGGGGGAUUUCACUGUCGCCCGUCUUUCCAUAAGCCUCGUCAGACGGCAUCGCUGAGCAUGGGUAACGGUAUCAACAAGGUCCUGCCAGAUUUGUACCUGGGGAAUUUCAAAGAUGCAAGAGACCGAGAGCAGUUAGCCAGAAACAACAUCACACACAUCCUGUCCAUUCAUGACAGUGCAGCUCCUAUCCUCCAGGAGAUGACCUAUCUCUGCAUUUCUGCAGCAGACCUGCCCACACAAAACCUGACGCAGCACUUUAAACAAAGCAUAAUGUUUAUGCAUGAAUCCCGCCUGAAAGGAGAGGGCUGCCUCGUUCACUGUCUGGCAGGUGUGUCCCGCAGCGUCACCCUGGUGGUUGCUUACAUCAUGACAGUGACAGGGCUGGGCUGGCAGGAGGCGCUGGCUGCAGUCAGAGUGGCCCGGCCCUGUGCUGGCCCCAACCUGGGCUUCCAGCGUCAGCUCCAGGAGUUCGAGGCUACUCAAGCUGAUCAGUACAGAGAAUGGCUGAAGAAGGAGUACAAAGACAAUCCCUUCAAUGAUGAGGCUGAUAUUCGAAUCUUGCUAGCCAAGGCCUCCAAAGUCAAUGGCGAGGAGGUGGAAAAACAGGCUUCCCUGCCACCUGGAGACACCUGAGCUCCUCCACGGCUCAGCCUGGAGGUUUGUGCUGCUGGAUAAAACCACUCUGGACCUGUUUGGAGGCAUCUGUCUGCUCUGCUUUGGAGCAGAUUGCUGUCAUAAUGUCCACCACUGCUGAAGCAAGUGUAAUGAUCAUGGACACAGGAAGAAACAAGUGAUAUUUGAGUGAUGAUUGAUGUUUCUGGUGCUGUUUUCUCUAAUUUAUGAAUGCUGUGUACAGUGUUGUUUUUUUAUCCUUCUGUGUAUCAAUAUGACUGCAUUCUGUGAAAUAAUAAAAGGAGGAAAAAAUAGUGUUUGA